AUGAGUAUAGAAUUGUCCGAAGAGGUAUCGUUGUUGAGUCGUUCAGUCGAGAGUUGAAACGCCACAACUGCGUCGGUUGGUGAAUGCCUUUAACGAACGGCACAAUACAAUAUACGAUAGGUUUCAAUGACAACGCUCCUUCUGCGCAGAGCCAAUCAUAUACAAAACUUGCGCCAUCAAACAGUAUUCUCAAGUGACUAAUAAUAUAUAGUAAUAUACGUGCCAAAAUUAUUUCUACAAUUAUGUGAGUGAGCUCUGUGCACCUAUCAAGCAAAUACUGUACGUAGUAAAGCAUCAGUGACGUUCCGAAUCAGUGUACAUGUGUUCGUGUAAUUUGUAAGCCGACGACGACACACGCCAGGAGAGCAUUCAUUUGCUUCUGGCCGAGAUAAUUGUGAAGAAGCGCUUAUAUUUAUUUUAUUGCUUUAAAUAGUAUUAGAAAGCCUUCAAACUGUGGGGCUCAGGUGCAUUUUUCUUGCCGCCACAGGGGAUGUAUUAUCCCCAUGUGGUACAAGCGGGUAUGGGCGCCCCGUUUCCGGCGACACCACAAUUUCCACCAACACUUCCUGGUGGGGGUGGCGGAGGAGGCGGUGGUCCGGCAGGCGGCGGAGCUGCAGCGGCUGCGGCUGCAGCCGCCGUCGGUGCUGCCGCUAACGAACCUUUAUUAGGAGGGCAACAAAACGUUAAACAAGAUACGUCGGUAGCAGUUACGGUCGCUGGUCUAGUAAAACAUGAUUCACCUUCCACACCUGCAGCCUGUGCGGCUGCCGCAAUGCAAACGGCUGUUGCUCAGGCGCAAGCACAAGCUGCCGCUCAAGCGGCUGUCGCCGCAGCACAAGCUGCUGUUGCCGCCGCACAAGCCGAAUUCUCUCCCCAGCCAUCCCAGCAGCAAUCAUCACAACAGCAAACGAACGCACAACAGCAGCAACAACAAGCCGCGCAACAGCAGGCGGCUAUGAACGGGGCAAUCACUGAACAACAAAACAAUUCUUUAAACUACGUCCCAUCCGAGUCCGAUGUCGUGUUGCAGCAGAAUGAAGGUGAACUAGACGGUGUGGGCCCGGGUGCGCUGGUGCCCGUGCAACCUGGACAAGCCAAUGCAGAUAAGGGAGCCGCACAACCAAAACGACUACAUGUUUCAAAUAUACCAUUCAGGUUUCGAGAUCCGGAUUUAAGAGCCAUGUUUGGGCAAUUCGGUCCUAUUUUGGAUGUAGAAAUUAUUUUUAAUGAGCGAGGAUCCAAGGGAUUCGGUUUUGUAACUUUCGCAAAUAGUGGUGAUGCAGAGCGGGCACGGGAGCGACUCCACGGCACCGUGGUUGAGGGCAGAAAGAUAGAGGUAAACAAUGCCACAGCGCGAGUGCAGACUAAAAAGCCUCCAGCGAUGCCGAAUGAAGGGCAUCCUUCCACAGCGGCAUUGCGCUGGAGUCUUCCGACCGCCGGCGGUCCAGCUGAUUGCACAGCCGCGGCUGCAUUGCGCGGCGUUGCCAUUCAACGCGGCCGGGCAGCCCGAACCGCAUUUCCGACCGCAGCAGCAGCCGCUGCUUUUGCCGCGCGGCUACCUGCGCCGCUUUCGGCAUCUGCAGUUGCCGCCAACGCGUUACAUGGAUAUACCCCUGUUUACUAUGACCCUUUCCUGGCAGCACAUGCUGCAACGGCAGCGGAUCCCAAUUACAGGUUACAGGCCACAACCGCUCCACUGCUGAAAACACCCUUGAGUUCAACUCAACAAGCGACGUACGCUGCUGCUGCUGCUUCAUACAACAAUGCAGUGGCUGCACGCGCGGCUUAUGCCGGCGCGGCAGCUGCAGCUGCACAGCCAGUUGCUGGAUAUGCUGCAGUAGCCGCGGGAUAUGGCCGAGAAUAUGCUGAUCCCUACUUGGGUCAUAGUAUAGGACCUGUCGCAGGAUAUGGAGCAACCGUAUAUCGAAGUGGAUACAAUAGAUUUACUCCAUAUUGAAUAUAGUCUUUAUAUCUAAUUGAUAACCAUGACAUAUGUAGUAUGAGACGUAAUGUAAAGUACAGAGACUUUUUGUCUUCAGUCAUAAGAUUAGGAUUGAAUAAAAAUUUCCUAGUUUAAGAUUAAUUA